AUGCCCGGACGACGCUUGCUCACCGCCAUCAACCCAUUGACCCAGACGAAUCGCAUCUCGGGCCACGUGCAGCAUCGCGCCUUCCUCACCACCCACCAUCACCACUUGCACCUGCCCUACGCAAUACUUCCGAACUCGGCAAGCCCCACCAAAGAUUUCACCCUGGACAAAAGCCUGCAGCUUGCGCAGGCGCGCUCCCAACAGUUAUCACAGCACUUCUCUACCUCGUCCGCCACUGCUACGUCUUCGUCACCUACAACAUCCGCAAAUAUGGCACAACAGACGCUGCCCACCCGGGGCGGCUUUGACCCCAAGGCCGCUUCCACCUUCACAGCCCGUAAGGUCGCUGCACCACACACUCUCGAGCACCGCAUCUACAUUGAGAAGGAUGGCGUGCCCGUCUCGCCCUUCCACGAUGUACCAUUGUAUGCCAACGAGCAGCAGACCAUCCUCAACAUGGUCGUCGAGAUUCCUCGAUGGAGCAAUGCCAAGCAAGAGAUAUCCAAGGAGGAGACCCUCAACCCCAUCAAGCAAGACACGAAGAAAGGCAAGCUCCGCUUCGUCCGCAACUGCUUCCCUCACAAGGGCUACAUCUGGAACUACGGCGCCUUCCCUCAGACCUGGGAGGACCCGAACGCCACCCACCCCGAGACCAAGGCCAAGGGCGACAAUGACCCCCUCGACGUCUGCGAGAUCGGCGAGCUCGUCGCCAAGACCGGCGAAGUCAUCCAAGUCAAGGUCCUUGGCGUCAUGGCUUUGCUGGACGAGGGCGAGACGGACUGGAAGAUCAUGGCCAUCAACGUCAACGACCCUCUGGCACCUAAACUGAACGAUAUCGAAGAUGUGGAGAGGCAUUUGCCUGGCCUGCUCAGGGCGACGAACGAGUGGUUCCGCAUCUACAAGAUCCCCGACGGCAAGCCGGAGAACCAGUUCGCUUUCUCCGGGGAGUGCAAGAAUAGGAAGUAUGCUAUGGAUGUGAUUCGGGAGUGUGCCGAGGCGUGGGAGAAGUUAAUUACUGGCAAAUCGCCAAAGGGCGAGAUCAGCCUCACCAACACCACCGUCCCUCACAGCAACGACCGCACCGAUGCCAGCAAGCUCAACAUUCCUCAGCACGAGGACAAGGCUCCUGCUCCGAUUGAUUCGAGCAUCGACAAGUGGUUCUACAUCUCCGGCGCUUCUGCCUAG